ACCACUGACACAACCACCGCCACUACGACUACGGACACAACCACUGCCACUACGACUACGGACACAACCACUGCCACUACGACCACGUUCACAACCACUGCCACCACGACCACUACUACGACCACGACCACUACCACGACCACGACCACUACCACGACCACCAGUACCACUACUACUGGUAUCUCUCCUCCUAACUUCGCUGCAUUGGCCAUAGAUGUCACAGUGAGCACAGUUGCUGCAGCCGCAACUGGCAUGCUGUGUUCAGGAUCCAAUGUGGCGGCCUCUCAAUCAUCCCUUCCAAUGGCUACAGGGGCUUACAACUAUCAAAAGGUCGCCUUGGCGGAUUAUCCAGAGCGAGUCUACGAGGUUUCGUGUUUCAUGACAGCAGAGGGCGGCAAUGGCAUCACUAGCUAUCCCAAUGUCAAUUCUAUGGAAUAUUGUAUUGACCUUUGCAAUCAAAACGCUCAGAGCGGAGGCCUAUGUGUACAGGUGAUCUUGUUCAGUUAUACUUGCUUUCUUAAAGAUGGUGCAAACAAUUGUGGUACCGGUGCAGGCUUAUGUUAUCCGAACAGCAUGGCGUUCGACCACAUCGGCGCGAGACUGCUUACACAAGGUGCUCCCAAGGUUGUUGAUUACACUACUCUUAUGCUACCUUACGACAACCAAACGUACAAUCUGGGACUUUGUUCAGGGUCAACGGGAGGCCCCUAUCAGUACGACAACACGGUUGUGGGAGUCUACAGCCAGCUAUCAGUUUUGAGAGGUGGCCGGGAUGACCUCUGGUUGAUCACUUGUGGUGGCAAUGUUUACAAUCCUGGAUCAGCACCCGUCGUCGACACCACAGACGGCGCUAAUGCCGUGGAAGUAGACUAUCCGCAAACCGCCGACGACUGCGCACGACUUUGCGCCUACCUUUGGCAGGAAGCCGCACCAGGCAGUGGUGGAACGGUCGAUUCGUCGUUGACCUGCCAGACGUGGACAUUCAGCUACGGCGGCAUAUGUACCCUCUAUAACGGGUACGAUUCAACUCAGCAGGAUGUCCCCACGACUUUCUCUGGAAUCAUGGCUUCCGGAGUGAAUCGAAACCCUGGCGUCGAAUACAAAAUCCCAUCGACACCAGCAGAAUACAAGCGUUCGUUGCACAAUAGUCCUGGGAGUGUUCGCUACCAUGCCAGGGACACAUUGCCUGCCAGGGACACAUCGCUCGCCAGGGAUACAUUGCCGGAUAACGACUAUCAAAAGGCCGACGUGAUCCUUCCGUGGAACGGCAAGAGAUGGGGUACUCACAAGCCGUAUUAGCGGCCUUCUCGACUUCAAGUAUUUGGCGGAAGGAGGUUUCUAGUCUCUGUUCUCUCGGAGCAGGUUGUGCAGCGUCUACCUAGGUGCUUGUCCUUGACAUUUCUUGGGUUGGUCGAGUCAGGCUUUUUGGGCUGGUGCGCGUCGCAUAUCGUCAGAUAGUAUGGUGAGGGUGGUUUGAGUCUGGUGGCUUUGCAGGAGGCAGAGAUCGAUUUGUAGGAGAGUUGGCUUUUCUUUAAUACAUUCCACCUUUUGACCGCAGAAACUCAAGGACUCUCGUCCAAUACCGUGAUUGUAUUGCCCGGACUGCCAAUUAGUAAAGCGUGGUCACAGAGCAUUUCCUGUCAGUGGCUGUAUGUCAUAAUCUUAUAAGAA